UCCAGAAACAAGCAGCAGCACAGUGUGGUCACUUAGCUUGAUGAGGUCAAAUAACCAGGGACGACGGCUUUUCAUUUUGCUGAACCAUUUCUCAUUUUCCGGAAGCAGUCCUCGGUAAAUCGCCGACUCCUGUUUACUUAAAGACAUCUCGUCGUCUCGUCAUCACUCAAACUUCUUCCAGUUCUUUUGAAGCCGGUCGCCGUUUCCUGGACGCUUCGAUUAGACUCGCCUCCCACUACACCCACCCGUUUCCUCCUCCUCUAACCAGUCAUUCCUCCUCCUCUAGUCCAGUGUUCUCACCUUGGGACCCUCCCCAGGUUACAGACUGAUUAACUGCCAAGAUGUAAGUGGACUGCAGGUAUGGUAUGUCCCUCGGUGAGAACCCGUGGCUUCCAACACACCAUCCGACACACCAUCCGACACCGAACGCCAUCCGACACGCUGUCCAACUCGGGUGAACACGCCAUCGGACACGCCAUCAAAGCCUAUCCGAGCCGAUUCGAGCCUAUCCGAGCUUGAGGAUUCUGCCAUAAUUCCGCCAUGGUGAGCUUAUCCGAGCUUGAAGAUUCCGCCAUCCGACAAGCUGUUUGACAUGCCAUCCAACACGUUAUCCAACUCGGGUGAACACGCCAUCGGACACGUCAUCAAGCCUCCGAGCUAAGCCUAUCCGAUCUUGAAGAUUCGGCGGCGAGUCGCGGAACUGCGUCUGGAAGAACACUAAAGGUUUCCAUUGCCGAUUUGUGCGAAUUCGCCACGGAUUUAAACCGCUUUUUCCGCGGAUCUGAGCAUCUUCUCGCCGGUCCGAUCUGAGCUUCCGCGGAUCUCCGCGGUCUGAUCCAAGCCUCCGCGGAUUUGAGCAUCUUUUUCGCGAAAUAAGGCUACUUUGCUGCAUAAUCCGAUCACAGCCCUUAUAAUAUUCCUGCUGUUGCUGGUAUGACAGUUCCUGCUUCACCCUCGCCGUGCUGCCCAGUCAUUGACCCAUCUGACAAAUGACAGAUCUUUUAGAUGUAGACCGCUUUCUUCGCAGAUCUGAGCAUCUUCUCCCCGGUCUGAUCCGAGCCUCCGUGAUCUGAGCUUCUUCUCGGCGACAUAUGGCUACUUCGUUGCAGAAUCUGAUCACAGUCCCUAAUCAUAUUCCUGCUGAUGCUGGUGUGACAGUUCUUGCUUCACCCUUGCCGUGCUGCCCAGUCGUUGACCCAUCUGACAAGCCAAAGUUCCUGCUUCUAGCAUCAGAUUCCUUGAAAUCUCCUGUUAUUGAUUGCAUUUCGUGGCUCAUUGCAGGUGACACGGUUCCUGCAUCACCUUCGGCGUUGACCCUGCUGCUGAAGGCCUGUCAACUGCGGCUGCACUCCUCAAGUCAUAGCUCCUUCAAGUAUUCGUGCUGCUGCUGGUGACACGGUUCCAGCUUCACCUCGGUCUGACCCUGCUGCCGCACCCUUCUGACGGUCAGCUCGCUGCGUCUCGACUUCACCGGCUUGCAAUUCGGGAAGUUCCUUAACCCUUGUAGUAUAACCUUAUACCACUUAUACCACUUCCAUACUUUUAUCGCUUUCAUACCUUUCUCGUUCCACUAUACACCUCCUCCUUCCCGUUAUGCUGACGGUAGUACAUGCCCCUGCGGUAGCGACGCUUGUCCGCGUCGGGUUAGAAUAAGCAGUCUGCGUCUCUUUCUUACCUAGUCCCCCUUGCUAAGCUUAGCUCCGCAGUGGUGUGUGCUACUGUUAUAUUCUACUACUACGAUUCUACUCCUACCCUUCUUAUACCCUCCUUUCUUGCCAAAUUUGUUAUUUCUGGAAGAUUUGCUUGUACAUGCUUUUUUCCGUCUUUUCCUGCCAUGAAACUUGCGCCCUUUUGUUGCCUCCUGCAGGUCAAUAUGUUAAUGGAUUGGAUGGGAUGACGCACGGCGUGCACUUCUCCUGCAUGCCCUGCUGACCACUGCGUGUGGGGGGGAGCAGCACCUCGCACCCGCCUUCGACACCCAUCCGCUUCCUCCUCCGCUUACCAAUCUUUCCUCCUCCUCUGGCCCAGUGUUCUCGCCGUGGGACCCUCCCUAUGUAACAGACAGACUAGGUAUGUUACCUCCAGAGUAAGUUGACUGCCAGCAUGGUAUGUCCCCGGUUGAGAACCUGCAGCCUUCAUCACUCCAUCCGCCACGCCACUCGGUCCCGUGGUAAGUUUGAGUGCCGUCAUUCCGCAUUUUUCUAGCCAUGACACUUACUACGCUCUUGUUUCUAGCCUGCAGGUUUAUACACGAAAUAUGCUGGAAGAGAUUCGAUUUCAUUUUAACGUUUCGUACUUCUAUUUUCCACGCCAUCCAACUGAUCCAUGGUAAGUUGAGUACCAUUCUUCCGUUUUUUUCUCCCCGUGAAACUCACGCCCUUGUUUUGCCUCCUGCAGGUCAGUAUAUGUUCAUAUUUUGCCAAGAGAUUCGACCCCAUUUUGAAGCCUCUCCGUGGGAGUGGGACGACGCACGGCGUGCAGUUUUCCUGCAUGCCCUGCUGACCAUGCACGCGCUGGAUCAUGACGCCAGCAGCGGCGCACCCCUUCAGCAGCAGUGCACCCCGUCAGCAGCGGCUCCAGGACACGUGCAGCAACGGUUACUCUUCCGCCUGUCGAUCGGCCCACACCUCCUUGGGGUGUGUGGCUGGGAGGGCAGUGGACCUUGUGGUUGGGACGCCACCCGAGGUCCACAGGGCUUCAGGUGGGACGCCACCUGAGGUCCUGAGGUCAGAUCUGAUCUGGACGGGAGCCCAUGGACGGGAGGGAGCCCAUGGACGGGAAACAUGGACGGGAGCCUAUGGACGGGAGGUCUGGACGUCCCCUUUGCCCCUUCCCUCGGCCCCGCUACUCUCCUCCCCUCACCCCCACCCCACCCCCCUCAGGUAGAGCUACAACAAGGACUCGUGGCAGCAAGUCCGUGCAAGGCCUUGAAGACCGGACUGGUAAUCACUGAACCCUCUCUCACGCUGCCCUUCGUUUUCGUUAUGUCCAUGAUCCAUUUCCUUUGUCGCUUGAAGUGUUUUUGUUUGAGAUCAGGUAUGGCGCUUGGUAUUGUAGUGCCCCCCCAUCCCUCACCCGCCUCCCAUCAGGUAAAACACCGCCUUCUGCUGCAGCCAACUCCUCCUGUUGCGGCCAACCCCUCCUGUUGCAGCCAACGCCUCUUCUUGAAGACCUGACUAGUAAUCACUGAACCCUCUCUCACGCUGCCCUUCGUUCUCGUUAUGUCCAUGAUCCAUUUCCUUUGUCGCUUGAAGCUUUUUUGUUUGAGAUCAGGUAUGGCGCUUGGUAUUGCAGUGCCCCCCCAUCCCUCACCCGCCUCCCAUCAGGUAAAACACCGCCUUCUGCUGCAGCCAACUCCUCCUGUUGCGGCCAACCCCUCCUGUUGCAGCCAACGCCUCUUCUUGAAGACCUGACUAGUAAUCACUGAACCCUCUCUCACGCUGCCCUUCGUUCUCGUUAUGUCCAUGAUCCAUUUCCUUUGUCGCUUGAAGCUUUUUUGUUUGAGAUCAGGUAUGGCGCUUGGUAUUGUAGUGCCCCCCCAUCCCUCACCCGCCUCCCAUCAGGUAAAACACUGCCUACUGCUGCAGCCAACUCCUUCUGUUGCGGCCAACCCCUCCUGUUAAAGGCCGGACUGGUAAUCACUGAACCCUCUCUCACGCUGCCUUUCGUUCUCUUUCGUGCAUUCAUUUCCUUGUGAUAAGGUAUGGCGCCUGGUAUGGUAGUACCCCUUCCUCCCUUCCGCCCCUCCCAUCCAGGUACAACGCCGCCUCCGGUUGCACCCAACACCUCCUUCCUACUGUUGCAGUCAACGCCUCCUUCCUACUGUUGCAGCCAACGCCCCCUUCCUGCUGUUGCAACCAACGUGUUGCAGCCAACGCCUCCUCUUGUUGCAGUCAACGCCUCCUCCUGUCGCAGUCAACGCCUCUUCCUGUUGCAGUCAACGCCCGCUCCUGUUGCAGUCAACCCCUCCUGUUGCAGUCAACCUCUCCGGUUGCAGUCAACCCCGUCUGUUGCAGCCAGCCUUCGCCUGUUGCAGCCCAACUCCCCCUCUCCUCUGGCCAACUCCCUUUUCUCAUCUGGCCAAUCCCCUUUUCUCUGGCCACCCAUUCUCUCCUCUGGCCGACUCUCUUUUCUCACCUGGCCACCCCUUCUCUCCUCUGGCCAACUCCCUUCGCCUAUUGCAACGUCUGUUGCAGCCUUCACCUGUUGCAGCUGGCGUUCCCUGGCCCAACCCCGUCCCCUGGCAACGCCUGUUGCAGCCUCGCCUGGCCACACCCCCCCCUUGGUUAGCCUUCCCCCCUGCCCUGCGCCUGGCCACACCCCCCCCUUGUCCACGCCCCCCCGGGCAUCCUGUUGCUCCACCUCGUCCCGCCCUUCGACACCCCUUAAUACGGCAACCUGUUGCAGUGCUCUCUCCUCUGGCCAACUACCGCUUCUAUUUUUUUAUUACCUCCCCAUCUCCUCUGGCCAACCACCUUCUUCUACUUAGUUAACUCCCCGUUUCCUCUGGCCUGCCUUUUUUUUUCAUCUAACUUACCCUCUUCUCUGGCCACCCACCCCCCUCCUCCUCUCUGGUCAGCCCCCCCCUCUCCUCUGGCCAACCCCCCUCUCCUCUGGCCACCCCCUCCUCUCCCCUAGCCAACCCCCCCUCUUCUCUGGACACCUCCCCCUUUUCUCCUGGCUGCCUCUCACCUCUCCUCUGGCCACCACCCCUCCCCUGGCCACCUCCCCCCUCUCCUCUGGCCACCUCCCCCCUCUCCCCUGGCCACCUCCCCCCUCUCCUCUGGCCACCACCCCCUCUCAUCUGGCCACCUCCCCUCUCUCCUCUGGCCACCUCCCCCCUCUCCCCUGGCCGCCUCCACCCUCUCCCCUGGCCACCUCUCCCCUCUCCCCUGGCCACCUCUCCCCUCUCCCCUGGCCACCUCCCCCCUCUGGCCACCCCCCCCCCUCUCCCCUGGCCGCCUCCCCCCUCUCCCCUGGCCACCUCUCCCCUCUCCCCUGGCCACCUCCCCCUCCUCUGGCCACCACCCCCUCUGAUAGCUAGGAGUAGGAGUAGGUCCUGGGCGAUGGACGCCCACCUCAGCGUGGUGCCCAGGUGUAACACUAGGGGUAAUCCCCUCUAGUGGACAAGAGGCGUCCAAAGAUAUUAAACUAUGUUGACUGUUACAGAGUUGUGUAAUGGUAGAAUGCAUGCCUAUGCAACUGUUGACUCAUUUAUAGACUGUUGGAACACAUGC